GCCAACAUGGCGGCUUCCGAAGGUCCAGUAGUUGUUCCUUCUGAAUCGCCUUCAUCUUGCUUCAAGAGGGAUGAUUUCAUGAAGACAUCGUUUAGUGUUGAUUCUUUUGUUAGUACUUACAAGGGCUUGGUUUCUCUUGAUGUUUUAAAGCAAGAUCUAGAGGAAUAUUUGAAAUCUUUAAGACAUGCAUUGAUUGAGUUGAUCAACCAAGAUUAUGCAGACUUUGUUAAUCUAUCAACCAAUCUGGUUGGAAUGGACAAAAGCAUUAACAACCUAUCAGUUCCAUUAGGCCAGCUCAAAGAAGAAGUAUUGCUGAUCAGAACAGAACUUGAUGGAACAAUUGCCUCUAUUGAGGGGAAACUUGAUGCAAGGUCACAAUUGAGGCAGAAAAAGAUAUGUAUGCAACAUUUACUUAACAUUACAAAAUCCCUUGAGAAGAUUGAGAGACUUCUGCAUGGAUCCCUCACAGAUGAACCAACUUCAACCGGCAAUGAAAGUGAAGACGAGUCUCAUCUGAUAGAAAGAGUGGCAAGUGAAUUCAAUCAGUUGCAGUUUUAUGUCACCCAAAGUCAAGGUCAUCCACUGGUAGAAAACAUUAGAUCUCGUAUUUCUGCCAUUACAUUGACACUUCAAAAGAAACUUGAGACAGCAUUUCAAGAGGGAAUCCAGUCUGGUCAAUUUCAUUUGCUGGCCAGGGUACUCAGGACAUAUGCUAUCAUUGAUAAAAUAAGAGAUGCUGAACUGCUGUUCAGAGAUGUUGUUGUUAAACCAUACAUGAAUGAGGUGAUCUUUGAGCACAUAUUGUUAGCAGACCCAGUCAAUGGACUUCAAGAUAUCUACACCAAAGUACUUGACUUCAUUCCUAAUUACUGUACAAACAUGAUAAAAAUUACAUCAGGACGACUAGAGGACUCCAAUCAAGGAGAACAGAGAACUGCAAUUCGUGGCUAUGACUUCAUUGUCAAUGCUGUAUGGCCUGAAGUUGUUGAGCUUAUUGAGGGACGAUUGCCUUCCAUAUUUGCACCUGGAAAUCCAGACGCAUUUCACAAGAGAUAUACAACAUCCAUGUGGUUUGUAGAAAAGUUUGAAAGUCUCUGUCCCUCACAAACCAGUGUWAGAAGAUUGAGAAAUCACAAGAGUUUUAGUUCAUUCAUGUCACAUUGGAGUCUACCAGUUUACUUCCAGAUAAGGUUUCAAGAAAUUGCAGGUAGAUUGGAAACCAUUUUGAGUUCUCCAAAUACUGAAGUUGAAGGUUCAUUCAAGACAUCUGUGGCCAAUGUGCUGUGGUGGGGUUUGCAGACWUGUUGGAUAGAGUCUGUUUACAUCAAGGCUUUGUGUCACAGGUUUUGGAAACUCACCCUACAGAUCAUUUCACGGGUUACCCAAUGGCUUGUUAUGGAAACGCUUUAUUCUAACCAAGAUGACAGUGAAUCAGCUAAACCACAGACCUCUUAUUUUGUGUACCUUCUUAGUGAUGUUAACACUCUAUCAAGCCAGAUACCAAAGUUGUUUAAAGAGGCAAUAGAACCAAACAUAGUAUCUACAGGACUACAAGAUCAUAUCAAUGUUUUUGAAGAUGCCCUUCAUGAAUCAUUGAGGAAAUUGAAAGAGAUUGUCCCAACAAUAGAAGAGACAAUUAUCAAACAAGUUGUGAAGAAGUCAUCAGCAGGACUUGAUGCAGCUAGAAACAUCCCAAGACUUUACAGAAGAACAAACAAAGAGAUCCCAAACAAACCAUCAGCAUUUGUUGCUAUGGUAACCAAACCACUACAGGAUUUCCAACAAGAGUACAAAGAUCUGGUGUCAACAGAUCAAUUCCUUUACUGGUCAUCAAAGGUUUUCCAAACUAUUUUUGAAAGGUAUGCCACUAUUACAUCUGAUGUAUUAACAUCCAUCAAGAAAACUGAGGAUAGUUUGUUAAGACUAAAGAAAACAAGAAAAGGUGUAACCAUGACAACUAGCAAUACAGACAACCAAGGAACCAUGAGUGAUGAUGAUAAAAUCAGACUACAGUUCUCUCUGGAUGUUGAAGAAUUUAGAAAUAUGAUGAGAGAAUUAAAAGUAAAGGAAGAUUCAUGUCCAGCUUUUGUAGAGUUGUCAGUAAUGGUUCGGGCUGCACAAUCGGGAUCAAAUGGACAAACCUCAUAAAUUAGAUUUUAUUUAUUUAUCUUAUUAGAAAUGAAAAACAACGAUAUAAAAAAAAAUAAUAAGCAAUGUGUAAACAGAAACAUUUUUAAUGAGAAUUUGUGUUUAUAGUAAUUUCUGUUUAAGAAUUACAAAUCACAGACAGUCAUGAUAGUUGUUCCUUGUGGAAUGGUAUUAAGCUAUGGGUAGCUCCUUUGCAGGGUCACUUAAUGCUGGAGUAGCC